GCGCCGAGGGGAGGAGGCUCCGCGCUCGCUCCCGGCCGCYGCCGCUGCCCGCGCCGAGCGGAGCGGUCCCGCCAGCCCCGCAGUUUUACAUCUUGGCGUGUCCCUCUGUUUGCUGAAGAUGAAGAAAAUGAUGGCAUGCUGCUUUCUGCUAUUUGCACACACUCUGCUCUCCACUGUCAUGGCAAAAGAUCUCCCUGGAAGACAUUUCACCCGAAGAAGGGAUGUUAACACACAAUCUCUACUAGAAAACACUUGCAACAACAAACGUCUGGACCUUGUUUUCAUCAUUGACAGCUCUCGCAGUGUGCGCCAUUAUGACUUUGAAAAAGUGAAGGAGUUCAUUUUGACCAUCUUGCAGUUCCUGGACAUCAGCCCUGAUGCCACGCGCGUGGGUCUGAUUCAGUACGGCAGCACCGUCAAGCAGGAGUUCUCGCUGAAGACCUUCAGGCGGAAGCAGGAAAUCGAACGGGCGGUGAAGAGGAUGAUGCACCUKGCCACUGGCACCAUGACCGGGCUGGCUCUGCAGUACGCAGUGAACAUCGCGUUUUCAGAGACAGAAGGGGCKCGACCUCUGAGGCACAAUGUGCCCMGAAUCAUCAUGAUAGUGACAGAUGGGAGACCUCAGGAUCCUGUGGCAGAGAUUGCUGCUAAAGCACGUAACUCAGGAAUCCUAAUUUUUGCCAUUGGAGUGGGAAGAGUAGAUAUGAACACUCUGAAGUCCAUUGGGAGUGAACCUCAUGAAGAACAUGUGUUUCUGGUUGCUAAUUUCAGUCAGAUUGAAACACUGACCUCUGCCUUCCAGACUAAACUUUGUGUGCCUCAUAUGUGCAGUAUAGUUGAGCAYCACUGUGAUCACUUCUGCAUAAACACCCCUGGCUCCUACCUGUGCAGAUGUAAACAAGGAUAUAUUCUGAAUGCUGACCAGAAGACUUGCAGCACUCAGGACCUUUGUGCUGUGGAGAAACAUGCCUGUGAACAGAUUUGUGUGAACACACCUGGGUCCUACGUCUGUCAGUGUUAUGAAGGGUAUGAGCUUUCUGCAAAUGGAAAGAAUUGUGUUGUUGUAGACUACUGUGCUUUGGAUAACCACGGUUGCCAACACGAAUGUGUUAACACUGAGGACUCCUAUUACUGUAGAUGCCACSCAGGGUUCAUUUUAAACCCAGACAAAAGAACUUGCAGAAGACCAGACUAUUGUUCUCUUCAGGACCAUGGUUGCGAACAGGAAUGUGUUAAUACCGAUGAUUCCUAUUUUUGUCGUUGCCAAGAAGGGUUUAGACUUAAUCCAGAUAAGAAAACAUGCAAAAGAGUGGACCACUGUGCUGAAAGCAAUCAUGGCUGCGAGCAACUGUGCCUAAAUACAGGUGACUCAUAUGUCUGUCAGUGCUCUGAAGGAUUUGUCAUCAAUGAGGAUCUAAAAACCUGCACACGAGUUGACCACUGUGUUCUAAAUGAUCAUGGCUGUGAACAUCUGUGUGUAAAUGGYGACAGAUCUUAUACUUGUCAGUGUUUUGAAGGAUACAGACUUCGUAACGAUGGGAAAACAUGUAAACGUAAAAAUGUCUGCAAAUCAGUCAACCAUGGGUGUGAGCAUAUUUGUGUUAAUGAUGACAAUUCCUACAUCUGCAAGUGUCGUGAGGGAUUCAUACUGAGAGAAGAUGGCAAGUCAUGCAGAAGACAGGACAUCUGCAAAUCAGUCAGCCAUGGCUGUGAGCAUAUUUGCGUUAACAAGGAUGACUCGUAUGUUUGCAAGUGUCAUGAGGGUUUUCUGCUGAGMGAAGAUGGGAAAACAUGCAGAAAUAAAGACCUUUGCAGUUCAGUUCACCAUGGCUGUGAACAUGUUUGYGUUAAUGCUGAUGAGUCCUACAUCUGCCARUGUUAUGAGGGAUUUGCUCUAAGGGAAGAUGGAAGAACAUGUAGAAAUAAAGAUGUUUGCAAUUCUGUUGACCAUGGUUGUGAGCAUAUUUGUGUGAAUACUGAUAGCUCAUACAUUUGCCAGUGCUACGAGGGUUUUGUGUUGAGGGAYGAUAAGAAAACAUGUAAAAAUAARGACAUCUGCAAAUCAGUCAGCCAUGGCUGUGAACAUUUAUGUGUCAAUAAUGAUGAUUCAUACGCUUGCCAAUGCCAUGAUGGAUUUGUACUAAGGCAAGAUGGGAAAACAUGCCGAAGCAAGGAUAUUUGCAAAUCAGUCAACCAUGGCUGUGAACAUGUGUGUGCUAGUGCCGGUGAUUCAUUUGUUUGUAAGUGCCAGGAGGGAUUCCUGCUAAGAGAAGAUGGAAAAACAUGCAGAAAUAAAGAUCUUUGCAAAUCAGUCAACCACGGCUGUGAACAUGUUUGUGUUAAUUCUGGUGAUUCAUAUACCUGCAAAUGCCAUGAUGGGUUCCUCCUGAGAGAAGAUGGGAAAACCUGCAGAAACAAAGAUGUUUGCAACUCAGUUGACCAUGGCUGUGAACAAGUUUGUGUGAAUACUGAAGAUUCCUACAUCUGCCAGUGUCAUGAAAAAUUCAUACUGAAGGAGGAUGGAAAGACAUGUAGAUAUAAAGAUGUUUGCAACACAGUUGACCAUGGCUGUGAACAUGUUUGUAUUAAUACGGAUGAUUCCUAUGUCUGCAAGUGUCAUGAAGACUUCAUCCUGAGGGAAGAUGGAAAAACUUGCAGGAGUAAAAAUGUCUGCAAAACAGUCACCCAUGGUUGUGAACAUGUCUGUGUUCCAACUGGCGAUUCAUACAUGUGUCAGUGUCACAAGGGAUUUAUAUUGAGGCGAGACAGGAAAACAUGCAGGAAUAAAGACCUGUGUAAAUCCAUUGACCAUGGCUGUGAACAUGUGUGCAUUAGUAAUAACAACUCAUACAGCUGUCAGUGCCAUGAGGGCUUUGUCCUGCRACAAGAUGGGAAAACAUGUCAAAAUAAAGAUGUCUGCAAAUCAGUUGACCAUGGUUGUGAAUAUGCUUGUGUUAAUAAUGGCGAUUCCUAUAUCUGCAAAUGCCAGGAGGGAUAUGUACUAAAAGAGGACCAGAAAACAUGCAGAAGAUGCACUGAAGGCCCAAUUGACYUGGUUUUCGUGAUUGAUGGAUCGAAAAGUCUUGGAGAAGAUAAUUUUGAAAUUGUAAAAGAGUUUGUYACAGGAAUCUUGGAUACACUUGAGAUUUCACCCAAAGCUGCUCGAGUUGGUUUGCUUCAGUAUUCCACUGAGGUUCGCACAGAGUUUACAUUAAGGCAGUUCAGCUCAGCCAAAGACAUGAAGAAAGCUGUGUCACAAAUGAAAUACAUGGGCCGAGGUUCCAUGACAGGACUGGCGCUGAGGCAUCUGUUUGAGAGAAGCUUCACAGAAACAGAAGGAGCAAGACCAUUUUCAGCAAAUGUCCCUCGAAUCUCCAUUGUGUUUACGGAUGGACGGGCCCAGGAUGAAGUCUCUGAGUGGGCUACUAGAGCAAAGCAACGUGGUAUAAUCAUCUAUGCUAUUGGAAUAGGAAAAGCAAUUGAGGAAGAACUGCUGGAAAUUGCUUCUGAGCCAUCAUAUAAACAUCUCUUCUAUGCUGAGGAUUUCACAGCUCUGGAGGACAUAAGUGAAGAGCUAAGAGCCCAAAUCUGUGAAGCCUUGAAAGAUUCACCUCACCAGCAGGAUGCAUCAUCUGGGAGGCUUCAUAAGACCGGCCCACAGCCUUCAGGACCUGAAUCAACCACAAUAGCCAUCACAGAUGUCAUUGACUGUCCACAUCUUGCAGUACAUCACGAGUAUGUUUUCGAAGACAGUCACUCAACAACAGCAAAAGCUUCAAAAGAUAACGACCAGUGCAAAUGUGAAAACCUYGUCACAUUCCAGAACUAUGCAACCAAUGAAGUAAAAAAGCUCACCCAGCGAUUGGAAGAAAUGACGAAGAGAAUGGAAGACUUGGAAAACAGGCUAAAGUACUGAUCAGAAUUCAAAGUGUAUGCCACACUGUAUAUUUAUACAUACAAACUUGUCAGAGCUAUUUUCKUAAAAUGGUUCAAAGUGAAAUAACAAAUCUUUGUGUCUGAAGUUGAAAAGAGUAUUUUGGAUCCUUGUAUCUAUAUGUCAUGUCUUGCAUCGAUUGCAGAUAAGAAAUGUUGAAAAUUUAUAUAAACAAUUUAGUAACUAGCAAAAAAUCUAAUUAAGCAGAACAACUGAAAUAAGCUAUGCAAAAUAAUAAAAUGCUGUUAUUUUUGAAUGAAUCCUCCAUGUUUUGAACUAUUUUUAGGGUAUGAAUUUWUUUGGCUUGCUUUUCUGUAUUUCCCUCCUCCACUCUUGGCAUUUUAAGCACAGUCUGUAUUUAAGCACCGUGUGUACAUAUAUAUAGUUCUAUGUAUACAUACAUACAUAGAACAAGUUUGACAGCAUUCACAUUAGGCUCAACCUGGAUUCUUCAAAUAAGAGUAACUACUGAAUCAGUAGGAAGUAAAAAGACAAAUUUACACAUUUGUGUUUAAAAUGUGAUGAAAUUAAAUAUGUGAAGUGGAAAGUCCACUGGAUUAUCAGGACAUCAUAACCUUAAAUUUCAAGUACUUUUUCUUAUCAUGUCCAGACUAUCCAACUUCUCCCUGCUGUCCUUCAGUCAGUAUYCACUAACUUUGCCGAAUGCAAGCAGUAUGUUAAUUCUGAAAACAUUAUUUGGUCAAUUCAGAUAGCUGUACACCUAUUUAUCAAACACUAACACACAAAUAAAACCAGAAAAUUGCUUCUAUUCUAGCAACCUGAAGUGUCUUAAGUCUCAUUCCCAUUCCUUGGCUGCAAGUCAGCCAGAUUUGUGGUUUAAUAGGUAGAGAGACCAGCAUUUGCUCCUUUGCUUUGACACACACUGGGGUUUGCCUUGAC